ACUCCCAUGAUCCUCCGGACCCCGGUAACGCGGACCUGGACAUGAUUUAGCGGAGUUGGUGUUGAUUAAGCCAAACAGCAGCCAUGGUCGACCUGUGAAAACACCUCACAUUAACCACACCAAGUCGGGUACUAUAAGUAGCAGCAAUGGGCACUGUUGUUGCUAUUAUACUUGUUUUUGUCGGCUGCUGCAGCAAUGUGGUGUCCUUGGAGCUGCUGGUGAGGGAUUUCCCAGGAUGCGGCAACAUUGUGACAUUUGCCCAGUUUGUGUUCAUCGCGCUGGAGGGAUUCAUCUUUGAAACAAAGCUGGGCAGGAAGGGACCCGCCAUCCCUAUCAGGAACUAUGUGAUCAUGGUGACCAUGUUCUUCACAGUCAGCGUCAUCAACAACUACGCGCUCAACUUCAACAUCGCCAUGCCGCUGCACAUGAUCUUCAGAUCAGGCUCUCUUAUCGCCAACAUGGUUCUGGGGAUCAUCAUCCUGAAGAAAAGAUAUUCAGCCAGCAAAUAUGUGUCCAUAGUGUUGAUUUCAGCCGGCAUCUUCAUCUGCACCAUCAUGUCCGCCAAGCAAGUGAAUAUGUCCCAGGAGGGCUCGGAGGAGGAAGGAUUCCACGCCUUCUUACACUGGCUUGUAGGAAUCGCCAUGUUGACCUUUGCCCUGCUGAUGUCGGCCAGGAUGGGUAUUUUCCAGGAGACGCUCUACAAGAAGUACGGAAAACACUCCAGGGAGGCUCUUUUUUAUAACCACUUCCUGCCUCUGCCAGGCUUCCUGCUGCUCUCCUCUGACAUUUACAAGCACGCUGUCCUCUUCAGCCACACUGCUCCAGUGCUGGUUCCUGUCAUUGACGGGCGUGUUCCAGUCAUGUGGAUCUACCUGCUGGUCAACAUCAUCACUCAGUACGUCUGCAUCCGCGGCGUCUUCAUCCUAACCACAGAGUGCGCCUCGCUCACCGUCACCCUGGUGGUGACCCUCAGGAAGUUCCUCAGCCUCAUCUUCUCCAUCGUCUACUUCCAAAACCCCUUCACGCCGUGGCAUUGGCUGGGCACGGCGGUGGUCUUCGUGGGCACGCUGCUCUACACGGAGGUGUGGGGCGGCGUGACUCCGUCCUCGUCCAGGAAGAAGAAGAAGAAGGCCCAGUGAGCUGGUGGACAUUUGUAGUUGGCACCACAAACAGAUCCUCAUCUUGAAAGGAUGAAGCUCUUGCGAGGGUCGACUGGGAAUAAACUUGUGCUGUUUUCCUCAGAACUGCACGCCUGAAAUAAAUACCUCAGCAAUAGGUGACAAAA